UUUUGUAUUACAUUACGUCCGAGGAACAACUCUUGGAAACACACCAAACGACAGAGGACAAAAAAUACCAGCGAGGACAAAACACGCGUCCUCGGAAGUAUUGUCCUCUCACGAACAGUAGAAUGACAAAUUAUGCCCUCCUAUUAAUUUCUUACGGUGUCCUCUGACGUGCGAUAAUUCCUGCUAGUAUGGUUAGAACAGAAACACUGUUUCAUUGAGUGGUCUUUAUUACAAGUAGCGCCCGCUAGACACACUACUGUCAACCAGCGAAAACCAUACGAUUUUCAAGUAGUGUGCACCAGUGAAAUAGAGAGCCACCGCGUUGUACGUUCCCCGGGUCUAUGCUAUAGUAAUGCAAUCUUUGACAACGUGAGAACGAGGUUGAGCAAUCCCAUUGCGCGGCAAUUCGCGUUCGUUGCACGCACGCGGACUAGACUAGACUUGUAGUACGAUCAAUGGACGUGUGCGCGGUAAACAUAAAUUAUCACUGACAACUGAGGAACGGUUCUCCUUGGUUGUCCGUGGUCUGGCAACACCAUGAGCCUGAGAUCAAAAAGAAAACGUGUCAAUCCCCUCCAUGAAGCAGAAAAAUUCAUUGAACAUCAACAAGACAGGAGAGGUCUUGUGACAAAAUACAUCAAUGGCAUAAUUGGCAAUGGGGUAUUUGCUGAAGAGUCCUUUGAAAAAGGUGACUUUCUGCUUCAGUAUCACGGGGACUUAAUUUCUGCAAAUGAGGCCCACAGGAGAGAAGCUGUAUACCCUGAAAGGAAUACUUACAUGUAUUUCUUUGUACAUGCAUCAAAGACAAUGUGCAUUGAUGCAACACAUUCAGCACUGAUGGGGCGUAUGGUCAAUGAUGGACAGGAUGCAAACUGCAAAAUGAAAAAAAUGGUCAUUGGCAAUACACCAGCUCUGGCCUUGUUUGCAACGAGACAAAUCGAAGCAGGGGAGCAGUUGCUGUAUGACUAUGGAGGAGACGACCUCCCUUGGAGAAACCAUCCAGUUGAUAUGAUGGAUCUCACUGUAACCACUGCCAAAGCUGCCACUGUGACCGCUGCCAAAGCUGCCCCUGCUGAAGCUGUACAUAAUGAUUCCACUGUAACCACUGCCAAAGCUGCCACUGUUACCACCGCCGAAGCUGCCCCUGCUGAAGCUGUACAUAAUGAUUCCACUGUAACCACUACUAAAGCUGCCACUGUGACCGCUGCCAAAGCUGCCCCUGCUGAAGCUGUACAUAAUGAUUCCACUGUAACCACUGCCAAAGCUGCCACUGUGACCACUGCCAAAGCUGCCACUUUGACCACUACCAAAGCUGCCCCUGCUGAAGCUGUACAUAAUGAUUCCACUGGCACCACUACUAAAGCUGCCACUGUGACCGCUGCCAAAGCUUCCCCUGCUGAAGCUGUACAUAAAGAUUCCACUGGCACCACUACUAAAGCUGCCAAUGUGACCGCUGCCAAAGCUGCCCCUGCUGAAGCUGUACAUAAUGAUUCCACUGUGACCACUGCCAAAGCUGCCACUGUGACCGCUGCCAAAGCUGCCCCUGCUGAAGCUGUACAUAAUGAUUCCACUGUAACCACUGCCAAAGCUGCCACUGUGACUGCUGCCAAAGCUGCCCCUGCUGAAGCUGUACAUAAUGAUUCCACUGUAACCACUGCCAAAGCUGCCACUGUGACCGCUGCCAAAGCUGCCCCUGCUGAAGCUGUACAUAAUGAUUCCACUGUAACCACUGCCAAAGCUGCCACUGUGACCGCUGCCAAAGCUGCCCCUGCUGAAGCUGUACAUAAUGAUUCCACUGUAACUACUGCCAAAGGUGCCACUGUCACCACUGCCAAAGCUGCCACUUUGACCACUACCAAAGCUGCCCCUGCUGAAGCUGUACAUAAUGAUUCCACUGUGACCACUGCCAAAGCUGCCACUGUGACCGCUGCCAAAGCUGCCCCUGCUGAAGCUGUACAUAAUGAUUCCACUGUAACCACUGCCAAAGCUGCCACUGUGACCGCUGCCAAAGCUGCCCCUGCAGAAGCUGUACAUAAUGAUUCCACUGUAACCACUGCCAAAGCUGCCACUGUGACCGCUGCCAAAGCUGCCCCUGCUGAAGCUGUACAUAAUGAUGCCACUGUGACCACUUCCAAACCUGCCACUGUGACCACUGCCAAAGCUGCCCCUGCUGAAGCUGUACAUAAUGAUGCCACUGUGACCACUUCCAAACCUGCCACUGCCAAAGCUGAACAUAAUGGUCCUGUCAGUACCAUGUAUGGUGGUGAAGUUUCUAAUGACGACUCACUGAUUGUUCAUGGAGCUGACUCUACAAAAGAGAUCCUUUUCUCCGACGAUAGCUGCGAAGACCCAACUUAUAUUCCAGAAUGUGUGUUGGAAUCAGAUUAUGACUCAGACGAGUCAUAUUUCAUACCAUUUCAAAGGGUGCCUUCAUAUCAGGGAUUGCAGCAACCAAUUACAGCAAGGCCAUCAACUAGUCAUUCUGAGGGGAUUGGUCCGGUGCCAGGGGAUGUUCAGUCAGAGGAUGGUUCAAGUACAUGUAGCGGGACAAGUCCUGAGGAUGAGGAGACAAGCAAUCAGCUGCAAGAUGCCCGUAUCACAAGCACCUCACUACCUAAUGUUACUGUCUUAACCACCAACAAUUGUGAUGGUAGAAAGUGGGACAAGAAGCAUUUUUGUGUCUUUUGCAUGGAACCAACUCCUAAGUUGCCUCGGCAUCUGAAGCAGCAUCAUCCAGAUGAGCCUGAAGUGAAGCACAUCCUGGGAUUUCCAGUUAAGUCAGGGCAGAGGAAAAAGUUGCUGGAAGUGCUGAGAAACAGGGGCAACCAUGCACAUAACCUAGAGGUCCUAAAGGAUAAGAAGGGGAUGCUCAUCCCCUACAAGAGACCAACAUAUGAGACCCCAGCUGAGCUGUACCUUCCUUGCCACCUUUGUUUUGGGUACUUCAUGUCUUCUGACAUGUGGAAGCAUCAGAAGUCUUGUGUGAUGAGAGAAGAAGGAAAGCCCUGUGGAAAGUUACUCAAGUCUCAGUGUGCUUUGCUCUUGCCUAUUUCAAGUAAGGUCUCAGAUGUCAUGAAAAAUCAAAUCAUUGGUCACAUGCAACACAGUGACGUAGCCCUUGUUGCAAGAAAUGAUGACUUAAUCAUCAAACUGGGGAUGCACACCCUGGGGAAAGUUGGCCGUGCUCAAAACUUCCACCAGCAUGUCAGCCAAAAGAUGAGAGAAGUGGGCCGUCUCCUACUCAAGGCUCGAGAGAUCAACACAAGCAUCCAAACUUUGGGUGACUGUAUAGAUCCAAAGAACUUUGACGAUGUUGUCGAAUCGGUCAAUGUGGUAGCUGGUCUAAAUGAAGAGACGGGAAACUACAAAACGCCAUCUCUGGCCUUGAAAUUGGGCCAUUCACUCCGGAAGUGUGCGCUAAUUGUCAAAGCCGAUGCCAUCAAAAGUCAGGAUGGUGUACUUCGAGAAAAAGCAGAAGGAUUUGAAGAGCUGUGUUCCAUUCUGUGGCCUUCAAAUGUCUCGAAAGGGGCUCUAACAACCAUUUAUGAAAGGAAAUGGAACAAACCAGCAAUAUUACCUCUGUCUACUGAUGUCAUGAAGGUUCACCAGAAGGUUGAAGAAGUGGUCCAGGAGAAGAAGGAGUUAGUGAAACGAGAUCCCCAGAAGGAGCACUACAGCCUAUUGGCAAAAGCCAUAAUGGUUCAGCUGGUCCUUUUCAACAGAAGGAGAAGUGGGGAAGUUGAACGUAUGACAGUGGACAACUAUCGACACCACCACAAGGAGGUCAAUGAAGAAGUUCUGAACAGUCUGUCAUCAUGGGAAAAGCAACUUUGCACUAAGCUUGCUCGUGUCGAGAUACGGGGUAAGAGGGGAAGGAAGGUUCCCAUACUACUGACCAGUUCUAUGAUUGACAGCAUUGAUGUGUUGGUUGAGGCCAGAGGAGCGGUAGGGGUCCUUGAUCAUAACCCCCAUCUCUUUGCUCGACCAGGGUGCAAAAGUGCAUACAGGGGUUGUGAUGCUCUCAAGUAUUUUUCCACAAAAUCUGAAGCAGAGCAUCCUGAGUAUGUUACAUCGACCAAGUUGCGAAAGCAUGUUGCGACCCUAUCGCAAGUUCUCUGCCUCAAGGACAAUGAAUUAGAUGUACUGGCCGGGUUCAUGGGGCAUGAUAUUCAAAUUCACCGCGAAUACUAUCGGCUACCAGAAAGCACACUGCAGACAGCAAAGAUAGCGAAACUGUUAAUGCUUUUGGAAAAAGGACAGGUUGACCAGGUGGCUGGGAAGACUUUGGAUGAAAUUGAAGUCAAUCUUGAUGAGGAUUGUUCAGAGGAUGAGGAACAGUCUUCACAAGCAGAGAGUGCAGCAGAACAGCCUUCACAGAGAAGUGAUCAGCCUCAUUGCUCAACAGCAAAGCAGUCUUCCGCACAAGGAAGUGAUCAGCCUCAUUGCUCAGCAGCAAAGCAGCCUUCACAGAGAAGCAGUCAGCCUCAUCGCUCAGCAACAAAGCAGCCUUCACAGAGAAGCAGAGCAGAACAGCCUUCACAGAGAAGUGAUCAGCCUCAUUGCUCAACAGCAAAGCAGUCUUCCGCACAAGGAAGUGAUCAGCCUCAUUGCUCAGCAGCAAAGCAGCCUUCACAGAGAAGCAGUCAGCCUCAUCGCUCAGCAACAAAGCAGCCUUCACAGAGAAGCAGAGGAAAGAAGUCGGGUGCCACUCAGAAAAAAGUGUGGAGUGAUGCUGAGAGGCAGGCAGUUGACGGGUUUUUUGCAUUACACAUACGGACUGGGAGAGUUCCCCAAAAACAUGAAUGUGAAACUUGCAUCCGAGAAAACCCGGUUCUUGUGGGCACAUCCUGGGAAAAACUCAAAUUCCGAGUUCACAAUUUAAUUAAGCGACAUUAACAUACCACUGGUUUCCCAGUCUCAGUAUGACAGAAAGUUAGUGGAAUCAGUCUGAAAUGUACAUGUGCUGAGCACAUUUUGUUUCUAAAUACCACACAAUCUGAUUUAAAUAAUAUUUACGCUGACAUCAUACUUUAAAGGGAAUAUACAACAUUUGCAAGUACAAAAUAAAACUACCAAAUUAUCACGAAAUACAAGACCCGGCUGGUUGUUAAGGAUAGGUAUUUUUGUAUCAAUUCAAAGUGUUUUUUUUUCCCUUCAAAUACUGCUCUCAAUUUAUCAUUUUUAGUCUGCAUUUUCUUUGCAAUAGAAUAUAAACCUGUGAAUGGGUACAAGCCAGACUGCCAGACCUUCUAAUUCCUCAAGCAUCUCCAACCCCAAAACGUCAUUCGGGUCAGUGUAAAAAUAUUUGCUAUUUACCCCCCCCCCCAAAAAAAAAUUAAAAAUUCAUCCAUUUUUGAAAAUUACAGCAAUAGCAAAUGUUGUACAUUUCCGUGAAGUGCGAAAUCAAGGCUGUUGGUGGUAGGUUUUCAAGAUGUCAGGGAAACACUGCACUGUUCCAAUUUGUACUGCAAACAAUUUGAGUUCACCACCAUCGACCAGCACAUAUAGGUUUCUGGUGGAUCCUAAACGUCGGAGGGAAUGGAUAGCAAAGAUGACCCAUGUUCAAGGUAGAUUUCGGUUUAUUGACGGACAAAAUACUUGUGGAUUAUGACCACUGUCCACCGCAGUCACUCAUUCCAGCAGUAGGGGAUUGCCGGCCUGCCCUAGCUUGGAAAACCUGAGGUUAGCUCCCAGCCCCAACACUCAUCUGGAAUUUGACAAAUACAGCUGGAGGCACAUCUAGUUUUUGUCCAGCAGUCAGAGCAUGGCAGAGGCCGUAGUUUUUGGCCUCAAAACAGCCAAAGAAAUCUUCAGGUUUUUUUUCCCAGUUUAGUUCUGUUCUGUUCAGUCCUUUGCUUUGUGAAUGAUUUAUGAAGCAAAAGAUCGAUGCAAAAUAGAACAAAACUGAAAAUAAUAUGAUUUUGUUGGCUGUGCUGAUUCCGAAUCACAAGGCCUCUACCAUGCUCAGACAGCUGGACAAAAACUAGAGGUAGCCCUUCCUCUUUGUUGAAUUCCCAAUGAGCAUAGGCACUGGGAUUUCCCAAACAAGCUAUGCAUAUCUGUGUGCCAUGCCACUGCACUGCAGACUGCAUGCAACCAAUUACAGCACGGCCAUCAACAAUUCUGAGGGGAUUGAUCCGGUGCCAGGUGAUGUUCAGUCAGAGGAUGGUUCAAGUACAUGUAGCGGGACAAGUCCUGAGGAUGAGGAGACAAGCAAUCAGCUGCAAGAUGCCCGUAUCACAAGCACCUCACUACCUAAUGUUACUGUCUUAACCACCAACAAUUGUGAUGGUAGAAAGUGGGACAAGAAGCAUUUUUGUGUCUUUUGCAUGGAACCAACUCCUAAGUUGCCUCGGCAUCUGAAGCAGCAUCAUCCAGAUGAGCCUGAAGUGAAGACGCGAAGCUGUUUCGUGUGUCAUCGUGAACUUGUGGGGCGCACUGAUCAAGUGAACGAUAUUUGGUUCAAUCUUUCAAGCACAGCUGUGUGCCAUGCCGCUGUACUGCCGACUGCAUACGGUGGUCGUAAUCCUAUAGUAAUUUGUCCGUAAAUCUAUAAUCUACCUUAAACGGGGGUCCUUUGUCUCGUGUGGUCUUUGCUAUGGAAACUGAUAUCUGCUGGAGAAAUCAACUUUUUGCAGCACACUUUAGACCAGUGCAGUUUUUCACCGAUAUCUUAAAAAUCUUCCGCUCAUAGUCUCUAUUUGGCCCUUAAAGUAUGUUGUCUGCAUAAAUAUUAAGAAAGGUGUACGUUUAGACAGUUGAAGUUGUUGAUUAUUAAUUGUUGAUGUUUUAGCAGCAUCUUUUAAUGCUGACAGUUAAAUUGGCAACAAUUUGAGGAUAAAAGCAUACUAAACGGGUACACCUGGGGAAACAUUGCAAGUUCUAAAUUGAAUUAGUUGACCCAAACCACAACACCGAUUUCCCAGUUAGCAUAUUUCGAUUUGAAACAACGUGCAUCUGAUCAGCUGAUCUAAAGUUUAGAUCAUAAGAUAGCAAUCUCCAAUGUGGGUCCCGUCCAUGUAAAGAACUCCAAAUAACCAUUUAAAAACUCUAUGCAACAGGGCUCUGAUCUGUAAGAUGUUGGGGGAAACUUCAUUGUGGCAAGUACACUAAAGGAAUUAUGCUCCUCACUGAUUUUAAAGUAAAGUUGCUUGAAUUUGUACACUUGGAUGCUUUAACACGGCUUAACAUGGAAGAAGUUCGUAGAAAAUGUCUUCAAUGUAAAACAUCAUUUCGUGAGCCUUAGAUUUGGCUGGUCCUCGGCAAGAGUUCACUGAGCAGAAACAUUUUUGGACUUUUUUGUGGUAAUCCAUUGUACCAGAUUUGAAACGUAGUAAAUACAUGUUCUUAAAUGCAAUGUAUAUUUGUGUUUUACAUUGCUAUACAGGGCGAGUCAACAAAAGGUCCCUGUGGAUUAGAUCUCAUCUCUCACAAAAAUGGGAAAAGGUAGGAUGCUUUUUGUUCAGCCAACAAUUGUUCUGGGUAUUGACCACAUUCAGUAAAAUUGUCAACGAUAUUCAACCUUGCACUUGAAUCUGAAUUACAGAUAUGAUUCAAAUUGUCACUGUCCUGCUGCUUGACCUUACCUGUCUGCCAUUCAGAGCAAUGAAUAGUUGAGUCGAAAAACAGGGAUGGUACUCAGAGCUGUUGCAGGCAUAAGGACAUGGGCACAACUAUGCAUUGCUCUAAAUGGUAGACAGGAUGAAGGACGUCGAGCAGCAGGACAGUAAAAUUGUGAAUCUUAUCUGUAAUUCAGAUUCAGGUUUAAUAAAUGCAAUUCAUUUCGUCCAUAUUCUGUUCUGCUAUGUCUGUUUUCCCCUUAAUUGUCCAGAGGCCCAUUACUGCUUUUGUGUUGAUAGCAAAAGGCCUACCAUGAACAUUGUGAUGGCCAUCUUUUCAGGUAGUCACAAAGAAAUAUCUUUAUCUUAUUUACGCAUGACUGAAUAUCGUUGAAAAUUACAGCAAACGUCACGUCAAUACCCAGAACAAUUGUUGGCUGAAAAAAAAGGCCUUGUAACUUUACCAUUUUUUGUGAGAGACAGGAUCGAAUCCAGAGGGACAUUUUUUUACUCACCCUAUACAGUUGAAGUUGUUGAUUUGUAAUUGUUGAUGUUUAAGCACUAUGUGUUAAUGCUGACAAGUUAAAGGUUUUGCAUAUGACAAGCUGAUUUGAAUUUUAGAUUUUUGAUGAUGUACAAUCUCCAGUGUGGUCCCGUCCAUGUAAAGAAUUCCAAAUAACCAUUUAAAAACUCUAUGCAACAGGGCUCUGAUCUGUAAGAUGUUGGGGGAAACAUUGUGGCAAGUACACUGAUUAUAAAGUAAAAUUGCUUGAAUUUGUACACUUGGAUGAUUUAACACGGCUUAACAUGGAACAAGUUUGCGUUGAAAAUGUCUUCAAUGUAAAACAUCAUUUUGUGAGCCUUAGAUUUGGCUGGUCCUCAGCAAGAGUUCACUUUAUAGCAGAAACAUUUGAGUAUUUUUUGUGGUAAUCCAUUGUGCCAAAAAUGACACAGCCAAGGGAAUCCAGAAGUUUUGUGGAUAGAUACAU